UCGAAGACACGAAGAUGAGAUUUAGCCUGACUCCGCAACCAGGAGAAAGUGGUUUCAUACAAUGGCUGGACGCGAUGAAAAUGGUUGCCAGGUUACCAGGAGGGAUACCGCCGGAAUUUCGAAAGAAGGCGAAUUAUCGUCUGGAUAAUGGAACAGAUUUUAUCGUAUCGCUCAUGUUCUCUCAAAAUUUUCCACAGUUGUGGCUGACGCUGGCGGAACGUCAUCUGGAGCAACGCGGCGUGGAUUGGAAGCAGGCUGAAAAGAUCUGCUUCAACGAGUGGAGUAAUCCUGACGAUGAAGAGCUCGGUAUACAAAUCGUUAAAGAUCUACACAGAACAGGCUGCAGUCUGUUUUGCGGUGCAGCCGGCAGAGACAAUCAAGCGGUGCUUCGUCGGGUUCUGCUCGGUUUCGCCCGAUGGAACAAGUCUGUCGGCUAUUGCCAGGGCCUGAACGUGUUGGCCGCCCUCGUUCUGCAAGUUAUGGAUCGCGCCGAGUCCGCCGCGGUGAAGGUGAUGAUCUACUUGAUAGAGGGUGUCCUGCCGGAGGGUUAUUUCGCGGAUAAUCUGCGCGGCUUGUCGGUCGACAUGGCGGUGUUUCGUGAUCUCCUCCGGGCCAGGUUGCCCAAGCUCUCAAAACACCUGGAGGCGCUACAGAACGACGCGAAGGACAAAGCGACAGGCAGCAGUUACGAGCCACCUCUGACGAAUGUGUUUACGAUGCAAUGGUUCCUUACUCUCUUCUGUCACUGUUUGCCCCAAGAGGCGGUUCUGCGCGUCUGGGAUUUGAUAUUCCUCGAGGGUGACGAGAUACUGCUUAGAACCGCGCUGGCUAUCUGGGAAGGACUUUCUGAUCGUAUCAUGACGGUGACAUCGGCGGACGAGUUUUACAGCAUAAUGGGAGUGCUGACGAGGGAGAUGCUCGAGUUUACGGACACUAAUAACCUUAUAAAGAAUAUCGUCAGUAUGGGGCCUUUACACGGUGUAACAGGGUUGAGAGAGAAACACAGAUACAAUAUCACACCUUGGGCGAGAAAACUGAGCGACGACGACGACAGCGACACGGAGGAGGAUGAAAGGCUGGCUGUAGCUGCUGCGAUGUUCAGCAUGGCACAACGGCUGAAGAAAGAUCGUAUACCUCAAACGAUUGGAGCGCUACAGGCAAUGACACCCAGCAGCGAUCGAGAACGGCUUGCUUUGGACAUUAGCACUCUGAAACAGCAGUACGCCAAGCUGCGUGAACGUCAACGACAGGCGCACAUUAUACUUUCUGCUGCAUGUGCAAGGCAGACCAUGGUACCACCUCCUACUUCUCAGGCCAUGAAUCAUCUUUUAGUGGGCAAAAGCGCGCUCGUGAGUGGGAAGAAUCGACCCCUGAGUCUACCUUCCGGUGCUGCAACGACUAAGACAAGACCCACGACUUUAAAUCAAAACCGAAAGGACAGACAGGGAGUCACGCUUCACUGGAAAGAUACUAAGAAACCGAAACAGAAACCCUCGAAUUCAUCAGCGACGGAAGGCAGCGUUGCAACAAUGCAAUCUGUGGAAGCUGAGCUAGCGUCUCCGAAGAAGAGCAACGGUGACAGCGAUACGGACAGCACGUCGACGGAAUUGUGCGACGAGCCGGACCGGCUCAGCGACGUUGACAGCGAAGACCUAACGUCAGCAUCCGAAUCCUACGUCCCCGGAACAGACGAGGAAAAGAGUUCUCGAGUAGACAGUUCACCGAUUCCUGAGAAGACACUCGAUCGACCUGUUCUCGAGGAGAAGACAGAGCCAAUUAACGCGGAGGUUUCGAGAGACUCGAAAAUUACUAAGGAGAAUUUGGGUGACAUAUCGAUCGCUAAGAUCACCGAUCAAAUAAGACGAUUAUCAGCAGAAGAUGACAAUAACUCGAUGGUUCCUCAAAAAUUUAGCACGCAGAGCAAAGAAUCGCCCGACGAGCAGCCGACAGAAUUAGAGAAAGAAAAAUCGAUACCAGACUUGUCUGCAGAUUAUACAACCCCUGACAGUAAUCUCGUUAAAAAAUCAUUGGCUUUGAACGAAUACGAUUAUCUAAGUUUCGGUGGUAGUACGAUCGGUUCAAAAGAUGAUGAGGUACUGGUGCACGAAAGAUAUCGAUCUAGACAGACGACAGACGAGGUUGCAGUUGUAUCUCCAGACGAAAUUACGACAAUCAAAAAAGAUCAAAUUGAAGACAAAGCAUCUAUGACUAUCAAACAGGAUUCUCUGAACAUGUACUCGAAUUAUUCACCAUCUUUGGAGAAAUACAAUAAAACAGAUAUGUCUACCUUGAAUAAG